GCCUCUCCAACAUUCUCCUUCUCUUCCACCCUCCUGACGUUCCUCCUACUUGGCACUGCCGCCGCCUCCUCCGAUGACCUAGCGGUUGAGAAGAUUUCGUUCAGUUACUCAGGUCCAACAGGACCGGAGCAUUGGAGUAGUCUGGAUCCAAAUAACACAGCCUGUACCGGAAAAAUGCAAUCUCCGGUGAACAUUAUAAAGAACCAAACCGUCAACAGCAACCUGAAAGCCUUAACCAGAACCUACAAACCAGCCAAUGUUUCCCUGGUCAACAAUGGAUUCCUUGUUGGGAUUCAUUACGAGUCAGAGGCAGGGGAUGUGGAUAUAGAUGGAAAAACUUACUCCCUUGUGCAGAUGCACUGGCAUUCUCCUUCAGAGCACCAAAUUGAAGGAGUCCAAUACGCAGCUGAGCUUCAUUUGGUUCACCUUGCUAGUGAUAAAAGCAUUUCAGUUGUAGCAAUCCUCUACCAGACUGGCGAUCCUGAUCCAUUUUUGAACAAGAUUAAGGAUGGCUUGGAUGAAAUGGCCAAGGAUAAAUGUUCAGAAGAUGAAGUGUCUGUAGUUAAAUUAGGGGAAUUGGAUCCCAAGCAACUCAAGCGCAAGAGCCGCAGGUACUAUAGAUAUGUUGGCUCCCUCACCUCUCCUCCCUGCACUGAGAAUGUUACCUGGAACAUCCUCGGAAAGGUGAGAACAAUUUCAAAGGAACAAUUAGCAGCUCUGCAAGCUCCAUUGAGCUCAGCUUUCAAGAGCAAUGCAAGGCCUGUGCAGCCAUUGAAUGGCCGCCAGAUUCAACUGUACGACGAGCUUGACUAAACUCAUGUUUUCUGGCCAAGACGUUGACUAAAUUUUAUUUCAUAAAAUUUGCUUUAUUCUUGUGUGAAAUGGAAAGAUAUAUGAACUGUAGAAUUGAAUGACUGUAAUUCGUUUAUGCAAAGAUAAGUGUGAAUCAUAUAGUUGAUUUGUUUGAAAGUUUUGCGCCGCUGUUGAAUUGGAU